AUGCGUGCCAUCGCGCACGCCACGCCGACGACCGACAUUGUUCGCAUCACCAUGGUCAUUUUUCUUUUGGAUCGGGCCGAACCCGAUCUGAGCUUGCGGCUGGCCUGCUAUGGGCAGCCCUUUGUGAUCAUGGCCGCUCGCGCCCUCCUCCUUCGCAAUCAGGAGCACUCACCCUGGUACAUUUUGCGACAAGCCCUGGUCUAUCCACUUCUCGCCACCUAUCUUCUUCCGGUCAUGCACGCAGUCAACCUGGACACGCCCAUCCAAGUCGUUGCCGCCACUCUGCUCCAGCACGAGUUUUUGGCACAAAAAGUCAUUGAGGUGCUGGAUGACAAUCGCCUUGACUUUCAGCAAUUCGUCUUGGAGAUGGCCGAGCUGGUGGCCGACCAUGCCGUGAGGGUGUGGCAUGAUAUUCAGGGCACCCUGACCUUGGUGCUCACCUCGGCGGGCCGCCACUAUUGGCAAGCACGCUAUCGCGAGUACAUGCAUGGUGAUGCCCUGACCUAUGAUCGUCAGCCCUAUUUUGACGUCAGCCGCCAUGGCGAGUGCUGCGUAUGCUCCGACCGCCGUGUCGACGUCGUCGUCCUGCCCUGUCAACACGUCUGUGCCUGCAGCCUAUGUUUGCACCAUCUCAAUGUCCGACAUCAAGGGCCAGAGCCCGCGGGCUGCCCUUACUGUCGUCAGCCCAUUGAUCAGCUCGCCCCGCUCCGCGCCCAAGUCCCGCAAGCGUAG